AUUUAAUGGAGCCCAUCCAAGAGGCAACCCCACUAUCGAAACGGAACCACUCUAUUCUCUAUCAUUUUCGCUUGGUUAUUUGUUGCGAGAGGUUGUGCGCUCCAGCGACAUGUGCGCCAAGCUAAAAGUUAUGCGAUUGUUGCAGCUGCAGGCCUAUCAAAAACUCUACAAAAACAGCUGGCCUAAAUUCUGCGCGGAAUACUACUGUCUCGAUAAUUUUAUAGAAUUUCUGAAGGCCGAUCCACAAAUCAAGCAUUUAAAACUCUUUACCCUGGAGGGAGAGCAGGCCAGUGCCGAUGCGCUCUUUGUCAUUGUGGAUCGCUAUCAGCUGUUCGUGGGAAGUUUGAACCACACGAAUGGACUGCUGCAGCAGGCGCUGCAAUUACUGGACUGGUCUGCUGGCUUCAAGUGCAGCUCCAUACCUUGCAGACACAUCGAAGCGGUGGAUAAUGUUGUUCGGUUCAAACAGUUGAAUUUGGAGUUCCGGGAUUUCACGGAUUUGUUCUAUAUGAAGGCAGCGGAUGCCCUGAAGCUGAGGGUGGAGCCUCCAGCUGGUUUCAUUUUGAAAUCAUUGAGUGUGGCCGAUGCUCCGCUCAUCAAUGAGGCGUGGCCCAACCAUCACUUGGGUUCGCUCUACUUUAUUCAAAGACAAAUUCGAAUGUGCGUGAAUGCUGGUCUGUAUGCAGAGGAGUCUCAGGAGCUGGUGGCCUGGUGCAUCAGGUUACAGGGCGGUUACUUGGGCGCCCUGCAGGUGAAGAGCGGCCACGAGCGACGCGGCUUCGGUAGCCUCGUAACCAGGGAGAUUUCCCAUCGCCUGGCCGCCCAGGGACACGAUGUGAUGGCGCUUGUAGGUCCGUCCAACAAGCCAUCUGCUGGGAUGUUCAGCAAGCUGGGCUUCCGCAUCAUCGACCAAUGCGUCUGGCUGAGAACGCAGCCCACCACGAUUGGAGAGUUCACAUGGCCCGCGGGCGAGUAGUUACACUUAUAGAUUUUUAAUAAAAUAUUACACUUAUGUAUAUACAUGGAUAAUAAAAUAUUACGACUAUUUGU